UUUUUAAAUAUUAUAAUGAAUUUGACCAAAACUUUUUCUCAAUGUUUACGUUUGGCAGUUAGACCCUCUUCAAAAUUUUGGGUAGAAUUUAGUUUAGUUGUUGCAACAAUUUCAUUUGGUUUGCUUUUUUGCCUAAUCAUAACGUCCGCUCCAGUUGCAGCUGUUUCGUCCCGUCCGGCACCGAGUCAACCGAUAGUCCAGCCUGCGACGCGCUCGGCUGUUGCUACGUCAAUGGCAGCCACCAGCCAGGAACUUGGAUUAAAGUCAAAAAUAUCAGGUACGCCAGGUGGUGUUGCUGCAAUCGGUUUGUCGUCGGACAUUCCCCUAACCAGAAUAUUCAGCGGUUCCGAUUCGAAGGAGGCAGCCACAGAAGCACAGACUGCUUUGGUUCAGCAAUACGCUCCGGCAGGACAAUGCUCGUGGAAGAUCACGCAGUUCCGGUCCUGUGCACAAGAACAGGCCGAUUUGACCCUGUGCGAAGGUUUCAACGAGACGCUCAGGCAUUAGUAGCAGAGUCCUUGCACCUACAGCUGGUCGAGUGAGCAAUUCCGACGAAACCACACCGUUCGCACCAAGUUGGAUCACAAUAAUAAGUGCGACGUAUAGAAGAAGACUUUCCGAGAGCUACAAGCAAUGCUACAAGAUUAAAUAGCAGGGUGUUUUUAAUGUGACCAUAGUAUAACGUAGCGGAUUGAGACAGAUUUAUCCCGCAGAAUAAGAUAGCAAAAUUACCCAAAAAGUAAGAGCUGACAGCCGAAGUGAAAAAACACACAUCCUCUACAGAGGCAAGCAAUAACGGAACGCAGCGUAAUUCAUCACAAUGAAUUGCUCUCGUCAGAUUAAAUCCCAGGAAGUACAAUUUUCAUUGCAUUAUUUAGUCAACCGAAAUUGAAAUCCUCAGUCGAGAGAGAGAUUGAUAGGGUAGCAGCAGCUAGGUAUUUUCUUUCGAAAGGUAGCAGCGGUCGUAACCAGAACCACCACCGAUGCGGAAAUCAAAAAGGUGCACAAAAAACGCGCUACGAUGGCACCCAGAUAAAAAUCCAGAAGAAUCGUAUCGACGGUUUAAGGAGAUCUCCAAAGCAUAUAAAGUGCUGUCAUGAGAAAAAUCGUCGCAUCUAUGACCAGUACGACAAGGAGGGUCUGAUCUAAGACAAGACGUGACAAUAAGGGGGGCCGUUUUUGUUCCAAUUUUAUGUCAGAAUGUUCCAGCUCCUGAUUGGUAGAUUCUGACGUUUUGCACCGUACGUAAAGUUACUGCAGGGAUAUCCAAAUUAUGUUUUGCAGUGUUGCUAUAUUUCUAGGAAAAGAUUGUCAUUACUUUUGACAAAUAAAAUUAUUAUCGUUAAAAAAGUAGAAACGACUAAAUUGAACUGAAAUUGCGCGGCAAAGUGAAACAAGUAUUUAUCAUGCAUUUACCGUAUACGUGGUUGAUCAACUUUAACAAAAAUAAGACAGAAAUCACACUGUAAUCUAAAAUUAUUCAGAAAAUGGCUUCGUCAAACCUUACUAAACAACCAUGACAUGGAAAAAACGUGUCCUUCAUCAAUAUAGUGAAUUAAAGACGCAAAAUUUUGUCGGCAUAAAAUAAAUUAACAAGACUAUAUUUUCAUUAAUAAAAACAGCAACACUGUUCGGAAGAUUUCGGCAGGGUGAAAAUGUGCGAAAAGAAGAAUGCCGAAGGAAAAAUAAGAAGCCGAUUGUCACGUCUUGUCUUAGGGUCUGAUGACCAACAGUUUCCGAGCGGCACUACCAUAACACACGGCACCGGCGACACAUUUAUAUCCACAACAUACUAAUGACUUAUCCUUCCAAAAAAGUGAAUAAAAUCUACUCUAUUUAAGCAACAAA